UUUUUUUCCUCCUCUUGCUCCCGCCCCUCUUCUUCCCCCACCUGCCACGUACUGGGCCAGUAAGCUCGCUCGGCUGGGUGGGUCGGUGACUGGCAGGGGCCCGCGCAAGCCCGCCAGCGAGGUGCGACGACCCGAGAGGCAGUCGGCCGGGGCUGUGACUGCAGCCAUCCUCGGACGCCUCAAAGCGGCGGCCUCUUCAGCCGGUCUUCAGAGUCGCAUAUACUAGAACAUCCUGGAGUCAUCCACCAUGAAUGGACAGUUGGACCUAAGUGGGAAGCUGAUCAUCAAAGCUCAACUUGGGGAGGAUAUUCGACGAAUCCCCAUUCAUAAUGAAGAUAUUACUUAUGAUGAGUUAGUGCUAAUGAUGCAGCGCGUUUUCAGAGGGAAACUUCUGAGUAAUGACGAAGUCAUAAUAAAAUAUAAGGAUGAAGAUGGAGACCUUAUAACAAUUUUUGAUAGUUCGGAUCUAUCCUUUGCAAUUCAGUGUAGUAGGAUACUGAAAUUGACAUUAUUUGUUAAUGGCCAGCCAAGACCCCUUGAAUCAAGUCAGGUGAAAUAUCUCCGUCGAGAACUGAUAGAACUUCGAAAUAAAGUGAAUCGUUUAUUGGAUAGUUUGGAACCACCGGGGGAACCAGGACCUUCCACCAGUAUUCCUGAAAAUGAUACUGUGGAUGGUAGGGAAGAAAAGCCUGCUGCUUCCGAUUCUUCUGGAAAACAGUCUACUCAAGUUAUGGCAGCAAGUAUGUCAGCUUUUGAUCCAUUAAAAAACCAAGAUGAAAUCAAUAAAAAUGUCAUAUCAGCAUUUGGCUUAACAGAUGAUCAGGUUUCUGGGCCACCCAGUGCUCCUGCAGAAGACCGUUCAGGAACUCCUGAUAGCAUUGCUUCCUCCUCAUCUGCAGCUCAUCCACCAGUUCAGCCACAGCAACCACCGUAUACAGGAGCUCAGGCACAAGCAGGUCAGAGUGAAGGUCAGAUGUAUCCGCAGUACCCGCAGCAGGCCAGCUAUGGUGCUCAGCAGCCGCCACCUCAGCCGCCACAGCAGUACAGCAUUCAGUAUUCAGCAGGCUAUAGUCAGCAGACUGGACCCCAACAACCUCAGCAGUUUCCAGGAUAUGCCCAGCAGCCAACUUCCCAGGCUCCUGCUUUUUCUGGUCAGCCUCAACUGUCGACUCAACCUCCACAGCAAUACCAGGCGAGCAGUUAUCCUCCACAAACUUACCCUACCCAAACUUCUCAGCCCACUAAUUAUACUGUGGCCCCUGCCUCACAACCUGGAAUGGCUCCAAGCCAACCUGGGGCCUAUCAACAAAGACCAGGAUUUACUACACCUCCUGGAAGUACAAUGACCCCUCCUCCAAGUGGGUCUAACCCUUAUGCACGUAACCGACCUUCCUUUAGCCAGGGCUAUACUCAGCCUGGACCUGGCUACCGAUAAAUAAGACUCCAGACUCAGCUACAUGAAUGAGGUAGCAGCUAGAUAUUUGCCUUCCAAAAGACUCCAAUACUAUUUUAAUUUGUAUUGAAGUUCAGAAAUGUAAAAAGCAGAGCAUUUUUUUUAAUGAUAUCAUUGUUGCUAUUAAUCCAGAAUAUAAUUUGCUGGAACACAAAAAAGACCAAAAUGAAAAAAUUUUUCUUCCCCUGCUUAAAUGUAGCACCUUUCUAUUUUUUUUUUUUUUGAAACACUACUCUUACUUGUGUGUCAAAUGAUUGAUUUUUCUAGCUUGCCUUGUCCAGAGGAUAUUAAGAUGCUAGGCUGAAGAUUAGGCUUUUUUUUUUUUUUUUUUACUAUUAACAUGGUGUACUAAAGUUUAUCCCUUUGAGAAGACAGCUAGAUACUAUGAUAUAUAAAAUGUAAUAUUGAUAGGUUAAUAAAGAUGAUUGAAUUCAA